AUUUGGAUCGGAAGUAGAAAAUCAACUAGUUUCCAGUCUCCAUAUACCCUAGUGGUCCAACAUGGCGUCCAAUUUGGUGAAGAUAUUUGCCAUUUUGGGUUGGUUAUGUAGACAUGGCUCGCAAGAUCUCAUAGUAAACGUACAAUCAAAGAAUGGUGAUAUAUCUCAGCAAGAGUUUAAAUCGUUUCCCCAAGAAGAUUUGGUUUUUCUAUCGUAUAAAGUAGACGAUGGACGAUUCAUUGAUAUCUCUCUCGAUUUCAAACAGAAACUUCAGAUAUUCAAGACAAUUGUUCUUGGAGAAAGGGAUAUUGCUGAGAGAGCAUAUGAAAUGACAUGCAUUGCUAUAAGAAUGAACCAUGAUGAAUAUGUAUCACCUGAUGCCAUUGCAAAAUUGAGACAGAAAAAUCCAAGCACUAUUCGUAGCCCUGAGGAAGAUCUUGGUACCCAGGAAAUUAUCCUGGAUCACAAACUGCUUAUCUCAGAGGCAAGAAAUAUUAAUGCCAAUGUGAGAAAACUAUGUGGAGAUUUAGAUGUUGUUCAUUUUACUGGAGAUGAUAUCAAAUUCUUGUUUGACAAUAACUCCUCUCCAAAUGCUGUUCAAAAUUUAACAAGCACCAUGAGAAGCAAGAAGAGAUGCCAUAGUGUUAGUGAAAGCAAUAUAACGUGUGUUUGUAGAAUGCAUGUUUGCAUAAGUUGGUAUCCUUGUGAUUUGAAGUACUGUCRAGGUGAACAAGAUGGUAAAGCCACRGAAUUUCGCUGUGGAAUUAAGACUUGUGGAAAAUGUAGGGAUUUUGACUAUCUUGUCAGCGAGAAGUACCAUUGCUUUUGGGACAAUCGUCAAAAAUAAACAAGUGACAAAUGAUUAAACUUCUCUGAAGAGUGGUUUUCAUAAACCCAUGAAACAAUAAUUGUUUAUCACAGUGUACAUACCUAUCUUCAAGUAAAAUGUUUCAUGUUUAUGGAAAGCACUCUAAAAUAGAUAUAUUGCAAAGCUUUAUGUAUAGAACUGCUGUUGGCUCCAUUGGUCAAUGAUCAGGUAUCAAACCUGAGACCCUUGCUAGGGUCAUGGACCUUUAUAUCUGAUAAAGGUCACCCUUAUUAGUAUUCUGUAUAUAAAGAAUACUAAUGAGUGUUUUAUCAGAAAAAAUUAAAAUUUAGGGACGUUUGUAUUUUUAAAGAUUUUUUCCACCUAAAGUGAUGAGCUAAAACUAUAUGCCAAUGUAUGUAAUUUUUGUACAGAGUACCCUGGUUCUAGARGCUUAUUUUUUACUGUCAUUUCAGGUCUUUCAGUUAAGUUAACAAUAUUUUGUAGUACURUUUUCUAUCAAGGAUAUGUUUGCAUAUUUGGUAAUUAGUAAUAUUUGUUUUGUUGAUAAAGUUUCUUCUCUACAAUAUUGAUUA